AUGUCCAGUUUUAUGCCUUCAAGAGCAAAUAUAGCCACCGCUACAGCCUCUAAUGCGCUUUACAAGCCUGCAAAGCGACCCGUCGGUUUAUUUUUCGGCGGUACAUCCGGCAUUGGACAAGCUAUGGCCGAACAAUUUGCACGCCAAACCAACGGACGAGCUCAGAUUGUCCUCCUUGGUCGGAACGAGCAGGCCGCUCGAGCGAUCAUUGACGGGUUUCCGAGAACGCAUUCUUCGACUCCGGAAGAAGAGUCUUCCAAUUACUCGUUUGUCAAGGUCGACGCAACGUCCAUGGCCCAAGUCCGCGAAGUGACCGCCAAGCUCUUGAGCGAGCUGGACAAGGUCAACUUUAUCGUUGCGUCAACUGGGUUCCUGACCCUCAAGGGUCGUGACGAGACAAGCGAAGGCAUUGAUAAAAAGCUGGCGUGCAACUUUUAUGCCCGGUUUCGGUUCAUCUACGACCUGAUACCGCUGGUGGACAAAGCUGCAAACGAUGGAGAAGAGACGGGUGUACUGAGCAUAUUGUCCGCUGGUCGUGGUUUACCGGUUGACCUCGACGACCUCGGCCUUGUCAAGCAGUAUAGCUUGAGAAAUGCAGAAGGAUAUGCGAUCACGUACACUGAUGCGAUGGUUAUGGAUCUUGCUUCCAAAUAUCCCAAGAUUCGGUUCUACCAUGCAUUUCCUGGGACAGUCGACACACCUAUGCUCAAAACGGCCCCGGGUUUCUCGUUCCUUUAUCCCGUGCUCAAGUUUGUCAUAAAGCCUUUGCUGAUGUCACCAGAGGAAUGUGCCCAGGUGAUGUGGUGGAGACUGUGGACAAAGGAAGCUCCUUGGACCACGGGUGGUCACCAGAUUAACCAACGCGGAGAGGAAAUCCCACAUAAUCGUUAUGUAACUGAAGAGAUUACAAAGGCGAUUUGGGAACAUACGUUGAAGAUCACUGGCCCCCGUCAGUGA